AUGUUGUUAUCUUCGUCGACAUCUGGCGAUAAUAUCGACGAAGAAUCAUUAGAACGUCUAAGUAUCCAUUAUCCAUUUAAUCGACUAUCUCGUGAUGCUCGUGAACUUUAUUUGGAAACAACAUCCAUUUCUCGUAUAUCAGUACCAACGCCACUUGAAUUUUACCGUGAUUAUGUGAGUAAAAAUAAGCCAGUAAUUAUUACAAAUGCUUUAAAUGAUUGGCCAGCGUUAUCAAAAUGGUCAAAUUCUUACUUGAGAGAACAAUUGCAUGAUACUCGAGUAACGAUUGAUAUUACGCCAGAUGGUCUGGGUGAUGCCGUUAAAAAACAUAAAUAUUUUGUCACACCAUUAGAGGAAAAAAUGAAAUUUAAUGAUUUUAUGGACAUUAUCGAAGGCAAAGAUGAUAGAAAAGAGAUUGUUUAUUGUCAACAUCAAAAUAGUAGUUUUAUGACGGAAUUUGAAAAAUUACACGGCGAUAUAAGUGAACUGAAAUGGGUGAAAGAAGCAUUCGGGCAACAAUCGCCAGAUGCUGUUAACAUUUGGAUUGGUACAGCUAAAUCUGUGAGUAGUUUACAUCAUGAUCCAUAUGAAAAUCUUUAUGGAGUUAUUCAAGGUCGAAAAUAUUUCACGUUGUAUCCACCAACCGAUUUAUAUUGGCUAAAUCAACAAAUGUUUAAAAAAGCGCAUUAUGAACGAUUAACAACUGAGCAACGAAUCAUUGAUGAUAACGGAAUGGACUUGAGAGAUGGUUCUCAAUUUGUGAUUGUACCUGAUACUGAUCAGUCACUUGUUCCAUGGUUCGAUCACGAAUUGGAUAUUGAUACUGACUAUUUAAAUCCAUUAAAUGUAGUUGUUGAGAAAGGUGAACUGUUAUAUUUACCCUCAUUGUGGUUUCAUCGUGUAAGUCAAAUAACGACGACCAUUGCUGUUAAUUUUUGGUACGAUAUGCAAUAUGAUUUAAAAUGGAAUUAUUAUCAGUUUAUGAAUGAAAUUAUCAAACAAAGAAGACAAAACAGUCCUCUUGAAUAA